GGCGUCGUAGAUCGGAACGCUGACCGCGGGCGUGGGCCAACCUGAUUGGUCCACGUAGCUGUGUCGUCGACUUUUUCAAAACGUCAAUUCAAAUGGACAUUCGACUUUCGCUUUUCGUUUAUAGAAUAACAUCGUUGUUUUCGAAAUUCGCACUUGUAAUCGCUAAUUAGUUUUGAUUAAACCAAAAUAUCAAAAGUUCUUUCUUUUUCUUCAAAUACCAAGCGCAAACAUAAAUUUGUGGACCUUCUGCACCGGAUAUAUACGAAAACGCUGACUUCGAGACGCGCAGGAUACGGUCAACCUAUCCAGGAACCACCCAACCCGUUGCUUCACUUGGUUAAUAUAGUGCUGUUCCUUCGUAAACGUGCAUGUGCAACCUGCUAGCUGCUAUAAGGUAAGUACUCCCACGUAAGUACUUCCACUUUCCCAAAAUGGCAAAUCGCGACAAAUCUCCGCAAUUAGGGCUCAACGAUGAUAAGUUAGAACUACUCGUACGCGAUCUAAUUAAGAAACGUGGCACUCUCAAAGGUAGAUUAACAAAAUUUGGUACUUAUAUUAAUAAUUUUGAUGCAAAUGUUGUAACGCCUCAGAACAAAAUAGAUUUAAAGUUACGCAUUGAAGGUGCCACGAAUCUUUAUCGUGAGUUCAAUAGCAUUCAGUCUAGGAUAGAGGAAUGUGUCAGCGAAACUGAUCUAGAUGAUCAAUUAACUCAGAGAGAGCAGUUCGAGGACUGCUACUAUAGUACAUUGUCGCAGGCUGAGUUAUUAUCAAAUAGGUGUGGCAGCAGUAGCAGUAGUAAGGUCACAGCUUGUUCGAAAACAUGCGAAAAUAGUCAGUUACGAUCUGUAAAAUUACCUACCAUAACUUUGCCAUCCUUUGAUGGGUCAUACGAACACUGGCUGGAAUUUCGGGAUACAUUUCAAUCACUCAUACACGAUUCAGAUGAAAUUAACACCAUCCAGAAAUUCCACUACCUAAAGUCCUCCCUGAAGGGUAGUGCCGAGCUGGUUAUUGACGCAUUGGAGUUCACGUCUAGUAAUUAUUCUGUUGCCUGGGAACUCUUACUCGACCGGUAUAAUAACAACAUACUAUUAAUUCAAAAUCACAUAAAAACAUUAUUUAAUAUCCAACCAUUGAGUAAAGAGUCCCCAGUGGCAAUAAGAACACUUAGUGACACAAUUUUAAAAAACAUACGCGCAUUAAAGAUCCUAGGGGAGCCGGUGGACUCCUGGGAUACACUUAUUAUUUUUAUAAUUGUGUCUAAGCUAGACAAAACAACGGAACGCGAGUGGGAACAGCAUAAAGGCACUUUGAUAACUAACAAUAACGAUUCCAAGUUAAAAUUAAAGGUUGAUGAUUUAAUUAACUUCCUAAAAAAUCGGGCGGACAUGCUAGAAACAUUACAUUCAUCACAAAUUAAUAAACAGUCAAUGUACACGAAAAACGAUCGAAUGAAAUCAUCCACAAAAUGCAAUGUUUCUAGCACUAAGCCGCACGAACGUCACUCCGCGCCUAAAAACUGUGUUAUGUGCAAUGGAUCUCAUCAACUUUACGCAUGUUCACAAUUCAUUGACUCUAAUUUGGAAUCGAAAUUGAAGUUUCUUCGCGAUAGGAAAUUAUGCGAAAAUUGCAUGAAAAGUAGUAGCCAUACUGCUGAAUUUUGCAAAUUUGGCGGUUGCCGUCGUUGUUUUAAAAAGCAUAAUUCCCUAAUUCAUCCUUCGGAUGAUUUAAAUCAUCCCCCGGAUGAUACGAAAACGAUAGGUAACGCUAGCGGUUCCCUAACAAUGCACUCGUCAUUCGAUAAUAAUCGGCAACUGAUGACCGGCGCUCGCGCGGUGUCGCUCCCGAGCGGCGCCGCGCCGCUCCUCAACCCCGCGGAUGCAGUGUGCUAUGCAAAUAAUGCACACAGUAACGAUAAACGCACACAUCGUUCUUUGCAACCGGUUUUGUUGUCCACCGCGCUAAUCGAAGUACGAACUCGAAAUAAUGUUUAUUUACUCGCAAAUGCAUUAUUAGAUAACGGAAGCGAACGCAGUUUCAUAACCGAAGCCUUUAGUAAAAAACUAGGGGUAGAAUUCUUACAGUCCACUCACGAAAUAAGAGGUGUAGGUAAUUCAGCGACGCAAUGCACGAAAUCAUGCGACAUUGAGAUUAAAUCGCGCAUAUCUACCUACACUACUAAACUACAUUGUUUUAUAUUGCCGCUAAUUUCAAGUACGUUGCCCGCUGUACAUUAUGAACGCGCGAAGUUUCGUAUACCUAAUAGUUUACAGCUGGCAGACCCGCAUUUUCUUGAUUCUCGAAAAAUUGAUAUUUUAAUCGGCGCAGAUAUAUUUUGGGAAUUAAUACACGAAGGUAAUAUAAGGUUACCUAACGGACCUUAUUUACAAAAUACGCAUUUAGGCUGGAUAAUAUCGGGACCUAUCGUAUUUAAUACGCGCAACGAUAGGCUUAUUCAGUGUAAUUUCACGCAAUCGAUAGACACGCAAUUACGCCAAUUCUGGGAGAUCGAGGAGCUGCCUCGGGAUCGGGAUACGCGCACGGAUGCUGAGCGUGCUUGCGAAGAACUGUUCACUCGUACUACGACGCGCAAUGACGAGGGACGGUUUAUUGUUAGCAUACCUCUUAAGUCAUCACCCGAUCUUUUGGGCGAAUCACUUCCACAGGCGGAACGACGCUUCCUAGCGUUAGAAAAGCGGUUAGAACGCGCGCCCGCUUACAAAAAACUAUACGCAGAUUUUCUUCAUGAAUAUGAGAGCCUAGGUCAUAUGACUCGCGUUUCGACCUACGGAACCCCUCAUUAUUUUAUGCCGCAUCACGGUGUAUUUCGCGAAAAUCAUUCGACUACUAAACUUAGAGUUGUUUACGAUGCUGGGGCCGUUUCUAGCACGGGAAUCAGCUAUAAUGACCUACAGUUGGUAGGCCCGCCUAUCCAAGGCGAUCUAAUUUCAAUUAUAUUGCGCUUCAGGCAACAUCGGUACGUCGCAUGCGCAGACAUCGAAAAGAUGUACCGACAGUGCCUUGUUGAUGAAAAGCAGCGAGAUCUUCAGCUGAUUCUCUGGCGCGACGAACCCACGCAGCCACUCGGUGUCUAUCGCCUCAACACGGUCACCUACGGAACCGCGUCCGCGCCGUUUUUAAGUUGUCGCUGCCUAAAACAACUUGCAUGCGAAGCAACCAAUCCCGAAGUGUCGCGAAUCAUCAAUGAAGAUUUUUACGUCGACGACAUGAUCACGGGUUCUCACGACAAAGAAACAUUAUUAAAAUUGUGCGAAGAAACAACCAAGACGUUGCAAGCUGGUUGUUUCCCACUACGCAAGUGGAUUUUCAAUUUUACGUGUGAACCCGAGAUGACGUCAUCGUCGUGCGCUUCUAAGCAAAUACUCGCGGAGAAUACAAAUCACAAAACAUUAGGUAUUGGUUGGCUUAAUGACAGCGACGAAUUUUAUUUCAAUACGGAAUUUGAGUCUAGUAAUGAACCUAUAACAAAACGCAUAAUUCUAUCAUACGCAUCUCAAAUUUUCGAUCCACUGGGGAUUUUAAGUCCGUUUAUCUUGACUGCAAAAUUGUUAUUACAACAGUUGUGGUUAUUAAAAUUGGACUGGGACGACAUCGUACCUACUGACAUCGCGCGUCAGUGGAACCGGUUUCUCGCUUCGCUGUCGAUCCUAAAAACGAUACGCGUUCCGCGAUAUGUCAUGGAUAUUGAUCCUAUAUAUACCGAGAUGCAUAUUUUUAGCGACGCUUCUCAAACCGCGUACGGCGCGUGCGUUUAUAUAAGGACCGUAAGCGCUAAUACGGUCAAAGUGCAAUUGCUCUGUUCUAAAGGGAAGGUUGGACCGCUAAAAACCGUCAGCAUCCCACGGUUAGAGCUUCUCGGUGCUCUAGUGGGCGCUCGCCUUUAUAACAAGGUUCGCGAUUCACUUCACUGCAACUUCGAUCACGUAAUAUUUUGGACGGACUCGACAAUUGUCUUAGGUUGGCUGCGCAUGCCGCCACGAUUGUUAAAUACGUUCGUUCAAAAUAGGACGAUAGAAAUUCAUGAUUUGACGAAGGAUCUCCCGUGGCGUCAUGUAAGCGGGAAGGAGAACCCAGCUGAUCUCGUUUCGCGUGGGGUUGUGAAUCUCGAGGAGCUCUCUUCGUCUAAUUUGUGGUGGGAAGGGCCAGCCUUCCUUCGUGACAGUAAAUUUGACUGUGAAAACGUACCUCCCUUUUACACGCACGAAGAUCAGUCAAAUGACUUACCUGAAAUAAAGGGUAGUGACGUCACCGCGUUAGUAGCCCAGGAUAGGUCGAGCUCUGAAGAUGGAUCUAUUAUCGAUUUCCAACGAUUCUCUCAGUUCAGCCGGCUGAGACGCUCAACUGCUUAUGUUUUACGGUUUUUACAUAAUACGCGCAAUAAACUUAACAAGCGGUCGGGCGUUCUUACCGUCGAUGAACUGAGAGAAGCCGACAACUUGUUGGUUAGGCUGUCUCAACUGGAAUCUUCUCCAGUUGAGUACAAGUCAAUAGCCAACAAUCGCGCGCUAAAAAAUAAACAUAAUUUAAGUAAAUUAAAUCUGUUUAUUGAUGACAAUAAACUGUUGCGAGUUGGCGGCAGGUUGGACUAUUCAGAGUUCGAUUAUAAUAAAAAACACCCAAUUUUACUGUCAGGCAAACAUCAUUUUACGCUUCUUCUUUUUCGCCACGAACACAAAUCCUUGCUACACGCAGCCCCGCAGGCGCUUCUUUUUCACCUUCGUGAAUCUUGGUGGCCGAUCGCAGGCAGAAAUCUCGCUAGAAAGGUAGUUCACGACUGCGUGGUGUGUAAGCGCCUGCGAGGUCAAACACUUACCCCUCUGAUGGGAAAUCUUCCCAGCGAGAGGAUUACACCCACUUUUCCGUUCUUUCGAUGCGGCGUUGACUAUGCCGGCCCAGUGUUCGUUUUGACCAGAAAAGGUAGGGGAGCUAAAACUACAAAGGCAUACAUUUGCAUUUUUAUAUGCCUCGUUACGCGCGCUGUGCAUUUAGAGCUGGUGAGUGAUCUUACUACUAAAGCGUACUGUCUCACACUCAACCGCUUUGUCUCACGCAGGUCAAAACCCGCUGAAAUGUGGUCUGAUAAUGGCCGCACCAUGGUCGGACUUAAAAACGAAUUCGCGCAAUUUUUAGAACGCUGUAGUUCUGACAUUAUUGAAUACGCAAAUCAACAAAAAAUUAAAUUUAAAUUCAUAGUGCCGUAUGCCAGCCACUUUGGUGGACUGUGGGAACGUGGAGUACAGUCGUGCAAGUGCCACCUUCGCCGCGUGGUCGGUAACGCGCAUCUCACAUACGAAGAGUUCAGCACAGUAUUAGCACAAGUUGAAGCUGUCCUGAAUUCUCGUCCCCUCUCCCCAAUGUCUUCCGAUCCUAACGACUUCCUUCCUCUUAGUCCUGCUCAUUUCCUGGUUGGCCGUACGCUCACCGCACCUGCCUACGACAACCUGGUGGAUACGCCCACGCAUAGACUCGAUCGGUACCAGAGGGUGGAGCAAAUUCGACAACACUUUUGGAGACGCUGGUCGAAAGAAUACAUAUCCGAGCUGCAAACACGGACGAAGUGGAGACUAAACACGCAAGACCUCAAACCCAACACUAUGGUCAUCAUCAAAGAGGACAACUUCCCGCCGUUGAAAUGGCAUCUCGGACGAGUCAUCAGAAACAUACCUGGGAAGGAUGGAAUCUCAAGAGUCGCGGAAAUACAAACUGCAUCCGGGCUUGUGAGGCGAGCUUACGCAAAGAUCUGCCCAUUAGUCGACCCUGAUGAGGACAGUCUUGGAAGCCAAGAGCUCCAAGGCCGGGGGCAUGUUGCGGCGUCGUAGAUCGGAACGCUGACCGCGGGCGUGGGCCAACCUGAUUGGUCCACGUAGCUGUGUCGUCGACUUUUUCAAAACGUCAAUUCAAAUGGACAUUCGACUUUCGCUUUUCGUUUAUAGAAUAACAUCGUUGUUUUCGAAAUUCGCACUUGUAAUCGCUAAUUAGUUUUGAUUAAACCAAAAUAUCAAAAGUUCUUUCUUUUUCUUCAAAUACCAAG